CCGCUGCAACUUCCCGCGUCCCACCCAUCAUGUCCACCUCAACCCUCACCUCCCUCGCCCAACUAAUAACCUCCGCCGUCUCGACAAUCGAACAAUCCUGCACCUCCCGCAACAUCCCCCUCCCCUCCCUCGACGAGCCUUUCUGCGCCAAAACCGAGGCGCUGCGCUUGUCCGACCCACAAGUGAUGGCCGCCGCGUCGCACAUCGCGGCGGCGGCCAGUCAAUUGGCGGCGAUCGUGAUGCCGUCGACGAGUACGGUGGUGACGAGCGCUACUUUGUUUCAUAUUCCGUCUGCGUUGAGAGCGGCUGUGGAGACGAAUACGGCGGAGAUUCUGAGGGAAGCCGGACCAAGGGGCCUCCACAUCAACGAGAUCGCCGCAAAGUCAAAGACCUCACCUCAAAAACUGGGUCGCGUGCUUCGCCUUCUCGCCACUGAACACAUAUUCAAGGAAGUCUCGCCCGACGUAUUCGCCAAUAAUCGAAUUUCCUCCGUUCUCGAUACGGGCAAAGCGGUCGACGAGAUCCUCGCCGCGCCUCAAGACAAGUUCGUCCACACCUCCGGGAUCACCGCUCUUGUUAACCACUUCACGGACGACAUCUUCAAAUCCUCCUCCUGCCUCACCGACAUGCUCCUCGACCCUAAACUCGCCAACUCUGAUGAACCUACCCAGACGCCGUUCAAUCUCGCCUUCCAAACCUCUCUCGGAAUAUUUCCAUGGUUCGAGUUACCAGAGAACGCACAGAGAUUGCAGAGGUUUGGAUUGGGUAUGGAGGGCGGCAAGGCUAUGUUCAAUCCGAAGGCGGUCUUGCAAGGUUUUGACUGGGAUGCACUUCCAAGCGGAAGUCUAGUGGUUGACGUCGGUGGAGGAAUCGGCUCGCAGUCGCUGAUCGUGGCCGAAUCGCAUCCGCACCUGAACUUCGUCGUGCAAGACCAGACGGCAAUGAUGAAGGGUGCCACAGCGUUCUGGGAAGCCAACUUGCCUGGUGCAAUCGAAAGCGGCCGCGUGAGAUUCCAAGACCACAACUUCUUCACACCCCAACCCAUCCACGACGCCUCGAUCUAUUUCAUGCGCAUGAUCACCCACGACUGGGCCGACUCCUACUGCAUCACCAUCCUCUCCCACCUCCGCGCCGCAGCCGGCGCCCACAGCCGGCUCAUCAUCGUCGACGCCAUCGUCCAAUAUGCGUGCGAAGACACGACCGUCGCGAAGGAUAUUCCUGGUGGGUUGGAAGAGGAGGGGAGGAAGGCUCCGGAGCCGUUGUUGCCAAAUUGGGGACAUGCGGCACUGUUCAGAUAUUUGUGCGAUAUCCAGAUGAUGGCAGUUUUGAACGGGAUGGAACGCACGGUAUCCCAAUUCGUGAAUAUUCUUUCGGCGUCAGGAUGGCGACUUGAGCGAGUCUGUCGUUCUCCCGAUUUCGCCUCGGUCCACCAAAUGCUCGUCGCUGUACCUGCUUGAACAUCUUUAGGGCCCAUGUUGUGUACGAUAGAUCGAAUACCCACCCGUGUACUGUACUUUCAUGCAAUCGUUCAGAAACUAC